GCGGGUCCUCUGCGAGUCAAAGCCGAGCGCGCGCAUCCUCCGGGAGAACUUCUCGCGCUCUGAGAGGACGCAGGUGUCGCGCGCGCGUGCGUGCGGGGAGUAACAUUAGAUAGGUAACUUUCAAACGGUCCUGAUUUCUUUUACAUACUUGUGGAUUGUGACUUUGUGAGAUGUUUUCAUGACUCGCGUCUUAUAAAGCAGCUGUAAACAUUUCAGACAAACAGUUGAGGUCAAUCAAUGACUUUUUUACCUAAACGGACGAUAUGCUGGCUUGCGUCUGACCGAUACUGAAAAGAUUUUCAAAAAUGCCUCGGCCAGGUAAGAACUCCUACAGUGACCAGAAGCCUCCAUACUCGUACAUCUCUCUGACCGCCAUGGCCAUUCAGAGCUCCUCUGAGAAGAUGCUCCCCCUCAGCGACAUCUACAAAUUCAUCAUGGACCGUUUCCCGUAUUACUGCGAGAACACUCAACGCUGGCAGAACUCGCUCCGGCACAACCUUUCCUUCAACGACUGCUUCAUUAAGAUCCCCCGGCGGCCCGACCAGCCGGGAAAGGGCAGCUUCUGGGCCCUGCAUCCGGACUGUGGAGACAUGUUCGAGAACGGCAGCUUCCUGCGCCGCCGCAAGCGCUUCAAGCUCCUCCGGGUGGAGCAUUCGGCUUGCAAGAGCGGCCCCGUGCUGCACUCCUACCACUCUCAUGCCCAGCCUGCUUUGCACCAAUCCCACCACCAUUCGGGCAAGCUGGCCGUGGGACACCCGGAAUACUUGGGCACCAUGGGCCGGCUCUCCCACUUCCAGAGCUACACGCUUGGCGGCGGGCAGAGCGGCAGCUUCAAACACCCAUUCGCCAUCGAGAGCCUGAUUGGCCGAGACUAUAAAGGAGUGAUGGCCAGCGGGUUGCCCAUCGCCUCGGUCAUGCAUCACCUCGGGUAUCCUGUGCCCGCUCAACUGGGCAGUAUGGUCAACUCCGUGUGGCCACAUGUGGGCAUGCUGUCUGAGCCGGUGUCAUCAGACUACCCGCCGUUCAAUGUGGCGGUCAAGGGGCUGUACCAUCAUCACCCGGGAACCCAAAGCAUGCCUGCUGUGCCCAUGCCCAUCAAACCCACGCCGACCCUGGGCGCAGUCCCGUCCUUGACUGGCAUGACGCCGGGAGUAAUGCAGCUGUGCCCAAGAACGGCGGCUCUGAUGGAGAGAGAUGCAACAGCUCUUGUCGAGGAGAAAAGCGGGUCUCUCCAUCCUGCUCUCCUGCAGUCCUGAGCCAAACGCUGAAGAUUCACACACGAGGGUACACAGAGUAUGUUUUGGGGACGGCUGUAAACUGAUUUGAGAUUUUUCCAGAAGAUCUGUUAAGAGGGUUAUUUUUUUUAAUUUAUUUUUUUUGCUGUGUAUUAUAUUCUGCAGAGUGCAGAUGGUCAGAAUUUGGCUCUGCUGUUUUCUGCUUUAUGGUAUGUGUACAUGCUUUAUCUUCUUUUAAGAAAUGGUGUAUUGUACAAAGGACUGUAUAAGCCAGAAAAACAAAAACAUAGGUGUAGAAUUUUGAAAACGUCAAGCCUUAUAAAAGCUACACAGAUUGUGCAUAAUGAAUUAAAAAUGAUGACUUGCAUGCUUGUAUGCCACUGUUAAAACAGUGGAUUGCUGUGCAUCUGGGAGAGAGUCGUGAAAUAACCCAAAGGGAAUUUUGCUAAAUUAUUGUAUUCAUGUAAAAUAGAAAAUACCUUUAUGUUAAAAUGUUGUUAUAUAUUAUCAU